UGACAACAUCUUGCACACAAGUCAGUCUUCCCUGGUGUUCUUGAGAGCAUUACGUUUGCCAGCGAUGCCAUCAUACUUUAUCAAGCAGCACAAGGCACUGGUCAGCAGAAAACAGCAUCACAAAGAAAUCCCUGUAGAAGCUCACGCAGAAAUGGGACGAAAGGAGGGCGACUGUGAUUGGAAAAAGAGCACGGAUAACAUCCAGGAUGUGUUUGAAUUCAUGGAGGUGCUCGGAUCGGGAGCGUUCUCAGAGGUCUUCAUGGUGAAGGAGAGAAAAACAGGGAAGCCUUUUGCUAUGAAGUGUGUGAAGAAGAAAAACAAAAGGGACGUCAACCUGGAGAAUGAAAUCGCCGUGUUGAGGAAGAUCCAACACGACAAUGUGGUUUGCUUGGAGGAUUUCUAUGAAAGUCGGACACAUUACUACCUGCUCAUGCAGCUCGUUUCAGGUGGUGAACUGUUCGACCGGAUCCUGGACCGGGGCAUGUAUUCAGAGGCUGAUGCUAGUCGGCUCAUCAGACAGGUGCUGGAGGCAGUCAGCUACCUGCACAAAAACGGCAUUGUCCACCGCGACCUCAAGCCAGAGAAUCUGCUCUACUACAGCCCUGAUGAAAACUCUAAGAUCAUGAUCAGUGAUUUUGGCCUCUCUAAGAUGGAAGAUAAUGGUGUCAUGUCCACGGCCUGUGGGACCCCAGGAUAUGUCGCCCCUGAAGUUUUGGCCCAGAAGCCCUAUAGCAAAGCCGUUGACUGCUGGUCUAUUGGAGUCAUCACUUACAUCCUUCUCUGUGGAUAUCCUCCUUUCUAUGAAGAAACAGAGACUCGUCUCUUUUCUAAAAUCAUGAAGGCACAGUACGAGUUCGACUCGCCCUUCUGGGAUGAUAUCUCUGAGUCUGCAAAGGACUUCAUCCGCAACAUGAUGCAGAAGAAUCCUAAGAUGCGUUAUGACACAGAACAGGCUCUCAGACACCCCUGGAUUAUAGGAAAGACGGCCCGGAGUCAGGACAUCUACUACUCCGUCAGUGAGCAGAUCCAGAAAAACUUUGCCAAGUCCAAAUGGAAGCAAGCCUUCAAUGCUACAGUGGCUAUCAACCAGAUGAAGAAACUGCAGCUGGCCAACUCCGAGGCCUGUGUGACGUCUGCGCCUGCGCCUGAGUUCAAGGAAACCGCAGCCUCCACACCCGAAUCCGUCUGCAAGAAGCUGUUCACUGAGACCCCUGAACCAAACGGCAACAUACACAGUAAUCAGAUAAAUGUGCCGUCCGGCUCCACCGAGUCAAAGACUCAAUAUCAUCCAGUCCGGGUCAGUCACAGUGAGACCACUCAUGUUGGGACCCUCACCAUUGCAGAGAAGGGCAAACAUGUGUAUCACUCAGAGCCAGCAGACCUAAAUGGGUAUGCAAAAAGAAGCUCCAGUCGUAACGGGCAGAAGCUGCAGACUGGCGUUUGCUCUGUCAUGUGAUUGGCAGCUUUGGAAUUGUGUCGUUUUGACAGGUCUGUGACCUUUCACCCAGCCUGCUUUCUGUGGGCAGAUCCUGCAGCUCUGUCCCGGUCAAGAGUGCUGGCAAGACAAUUGGCCACCGGCCCGCGCUGUUCUGAAAUACUGAAGUUUAGAGGAGUGCCUCCAAGCCUGCAAACACACACACACACACACACGCAGAGCACAAUACAGCCUAUCACACACUCACAGACAACACAGUAUCCCUGUAAAAGCAGAAACGAGUACAUGUUAGGUCUGAAACUUGGUAUGUUCCCUUGAAGAAACAGAUUUACAUUAUCUAGGUCAAUUAAUCUGUCUGUAUUAAAACAUUCGGAGCAGGGGUCCGUGUUAUUGGACACUUGUGUAAGGAGUAUUGGGAGUUUUGUACAUAUACUCUCUUGUAUUGUGCAAUAAUGUGUGGCGCAGUAAUUCAAGUGAGUAAAACACUUUUGCUGCACUGUAAUUAUUGAUCAUACAUUGUAUAUUGCUGGGAUAAGAAAUACGUUUUUUUUAUUUAACUAGAGUUAAUGUUUAUUUUUCUAAUGCGGAAAUUAUUAUUGUAUGUUAAUUUAUUAUAUACUUUUGUCAUAAUAAAACAUAUACAAAUAAUUGAACACCUUUUCCCACCACCAUAGUAUGUCUAGCCCUUGUUUUGUGCAUGCAGAACUCU